AUCCUCCCCUCCUCUCAUCGCCCUUCAGCACCCACCGUUCUUCCUUCCAAUCCCAAGAUGGCGGAAUCGGAAACGAAAAGCAAGCUGCCGGUACAAGUCUCCAAACCGACGCCCUACACCUUCGACCUCGGGCUCCUCUGUGCCUCCGAUCCAAACCCCCUUCAAUUAUCGUCGAAGGAAAGAUUAGAGGAGGAGCUAGCGGCGACCGCGAGGGAUGGCGCACAAGCACUGCUCAACCAGCUGCUGAGUACGUGUCCGAUCACCAGUACGCCGGCAGGUGUAUUACUCUCGCUGCCGGGAAUCUCGACUCCGCUGCCGCGGGAGAAGCCACUACCGCCCCCGAAAGCCCAAACAACCUGGCAAAAAUUCGCGGCCAAGAAGGGCAUCAAGAGUAAGACGAAGGAGGAGCGGAAGAAGAUGGUUUACGAUGAGGCGAGCGGGGAGUGGGUGCCGAAAUGGGGAUACAAGGGCGCGAACAAAGCCGGCGAGGAUGAUUGGAUUGUCGAGGUUGAUCCCAAGAAGGAGGCGGAGAGGAAGGAGGGGACUGAGCGGCAGGGUGAUGGGCGGAGGGAGCGGAAGGAGAAGGUUAGGAGGAAUGAGAGGGCGAUGAGGGCUAAUGAGCGGAAGGGUCGGAAGAAUGGGCAGAGGUGA